GGGACAUGAGGCUAUCGGGGCUCAGAGAGAGAGAGAGAGAGAGUCCCAGUGGAGAGCUGUUGGAUUUCCGAGACCAGGACCAGGACCAGAACCAGAGCGGAAUGGAGGAGGAGCAGCAGAAGCCGGAGCAGCGGAGCAACAAGGUCCCCAGAAGAGCAGCAGCAGGCUCGGCCUCUGAUAGCAGCGGUGUUCAGGGCUGUGCCUCCAGGAAGUCGUACUUCCCGUUCCACUACGCUCCGUUUGCCUCCGUCUUCAAAGACACCAAUGGCAUUUUCACCGACUUUGAGAAGGACACCAAACCGAAACGGAGAGGAAGAGGGAGACUCGGACAUCACAGCUGUCAGCACUGUGGCAAGUCCUUCACAAGAUCUGGAAGUUUAAAGAUUCAUCAGAGAGUUCACACUGGAGAGAGACCAUACAGCUGUGAACAAUGUGGGGCAGCUUUCAGACUGUUAGGUAUGCUCAAAGGUCAUCAACUCAUUCACACUGGAGAGAUGCCGUUCUCAUGUGAACAAUGUGGGAAAACUUUUUCUCAGAGUGGUAACCUUAAAGUCCACCAACGCAUUCACACUGGAGAGAAACCGUACCGCUGUGAACAAUGCGGGGUAGCUUUCACAACGUCAGGUAGUCUUAAAGUCCAUCAACUCAUUCACACUGGAGAGAAGCCAUACAGCUGUGAACAAUGUGGGAAAACGUUUUCUGAGAGUGGUACCCUUAAAAGACACCAACGCAUUCACACUGGAGAUAAACCAUACAGCUGUGAACAAUGCGGGGCAGCUUUCACAACGUUGUGUUAUCUUAAAAUCCACCAACUCCUUCACACUGGACAUAAACCGUUCAGCUGCGACCAAUGUGGAAAAACAUUUUCUCACAGUGGUAGCCUCAAACGUCACCAACGCAUUCACACUGGAGAGAAGCCGUACAGCUGUGAACAAUGUGGGGCAGCUUUCUCAAAGUUAGAAAGCUUAAACUCCCACCGACGUGUUCACACUGGAGAGAAGCCGUUCUGGUGUGAGCAAUGUGGGAAGACGUUUUCUAAGAAUAUUGACCUUAAAAGACACCAACGGAUUCACACUGGAGAGAAGCCGUACAGCUGUGGCCAAUGUGAGGCAGCAUUCACACAAACAUCUCACUUAAUAUCCCACCGACGUAUUCACACUGGAGAGAAGCCGUUCUGGUGUGAACAAUGUGGGAAAACUUUUUCUCAGAGUGGUAGCCUUAAACUACACCAGCGCAUUCACACUGGAGAGAAGCCGUACAGCUGUAAACAAUGUGGGAAAACUUUUUCUCAGUGUGGUCACCUUAAAAAACACCAACUCAUUCACACUGCCUCCUCUUGAACAUGUUCUAAAGCCAAGCUGCUGUUAGAGAGGAGAGAGAGAACAAAUAGCAUGAGUCAAGAUGCUGUUUACUACCCAGAUAACAAAAGAGAGCAGUCCCGAGCCCAAAGUAGCCGAGGUCCAGGACCACUUGCAGGCACUAACCUGCUUGAUAGAUAUGGAAGAAGAACAAAGUGUGGAAUUUGUCAGAGCACAUAACAUUGGGUAAAAAAGAGAAUAUAAAGAUGACAAGUGAAAAUCAGUGCAGUGAAAACCACGAUGAGUGUAACAUAACAGUUGUUUUCCAAGGAAUCAGAUGAUGAGAUAUUCAUGGUUGAAGCUUGUAGAAGAAAAUGAUUUACCAGUUUUAGUCUCAUUUUAUCCUAAUAUCCUCUUUCUGGUCACUGAUUAAGUUGAUCAUAUUUUACCUGAUUUUUU